AUGAGUUCAUUGUUAUGCGUAGGAGUCAUUUUAUAUUUAUUUACGUCCAACGGUACAUUCUCUUCGAGAAAGUGUGAACAAGCUGGAGAAAAUAUCUGUCAGGAUCUAUUGUAUAACGAAAAGCAGCGCUUAACUUUACUAGACUCUGAGGCGCUCACGUUGUGUGUGAUUGUACGUAUUUAUGGUCCGCAGGUUUCGUAUCUACCUGUUUUAGCACUUGGAUUUCUUCACGCUGGGUUUGAUAAUGUUCGAAUAUACGUGAUAAAUACGCAUCGAAGCACCGACAGCCGGCUGCUCUUUCAAACAAUUGAUUUAAUCAAUAAGAUUGUACUUCGUACGAAUUAUAUUACUUUCCUUGACUUAGGUAAACCGUUAGAUGAUGACUACGGCUAUACGUUGACCGACCACGCACUUAACUAUCUCUAUAAUCAAUACAAGCGAUCUCCAUCCAUGUGCCACUAUCUUAUUGUGACGAAUGGAGAUAACUUAUAUUCGCAAUAUCUUGGAAAUAAAACCCUUCCACACAUGAGAGCGAAAAAAGAUAUUAUAGCUUGGGACUUUGUAUCUCGGUAUCAUCGACCGUAUUUAAUACAAGCUCAGGAAGAACAACUGCAGAAGCCCUAUCGAAUUUUUGAUGAUGGCACUGCGAAAUGCGUGGCAGUGUCGCUACAAAGGGGUGGUGUCGAUUUAGGUGCCGCUGCAUAUCGACUAGCGUUUCUCUAUGAACACAAACUACGAUUUAGUUUCUCAAAUGGUACAUACAAUGUGGAAUCCGACGGAUACUUCAUGGAUAAAGCGUCUCUUCUUACAAAUAUGUCAGCUAUUGUUAGACAAACAUUAUUCAUUCAUCAGUGA